GUACCUCACGCUGCGGACAAGGUUCCUCACGCUGAGGACAAGGUACCUCACACUGAGGACAAGUUUCCUCAAGCUGAGGACAAGGUAAGUCACACUGAGGACAUGGUAUCUCACACUGAGGACAAGGUUCCUCACGCUGAGGACAAGGUUCCUCACGCUGACGACAAGGUUCCUCAUGCUGACGACAAGCUACCUCACGCUGCGGACAAGGUCCCUCACGCUGGGGACAAGGUACCUCACACUGAGGACAAGGUUCCUCAAGAUCAGGAGAAGGUAAGUCACACUGAGGACAAGGUACCUCACACUGUGGACAAUGUCCCUCACACUGUGGACAAUGUCCCUCAAGCUGAGGACAAGGUUCCCCACGAUGAGGACAAGGUACCUCACACUGAGGAGAAGGAACCUCAUACUGAGGACAAGGUACCUCACACUGAGGACAAGGUUCCUCAUGCUGAGGACAUGGUACCUCACACUGAGGACAAGGUUCCUCACGCUGAGGACAAGGUACCUCACACUGAGGACAAGGUUCCUCACGCUGAGGACAAGGUUCCUCACGCUGGGGACAAGGUACCUCUCGCAGCGGACAAGGUUCCUCACGCUGAGGACAAGGUACCUCACACUGAAGACAAGGUUCCUCAAGCUCAGGAGAAGGUAAGUCACACUGAGGACAAGGUACCUCACACUAUGGACAAGGUACCUCAAGCUGAGGACAAGGUUCCUCACGAUGAGGACAAGGUACCUCACACUGAGGACAAGGUUCCUCAAGCACAGGAGAAGGUAAGUCACACUGAGGACAAGGUACCUCACACUGUGGACAAUGUCCCUCACACUGUGGACAAUGUCCCUCAAGCUGAGGACAAGGUUGCCCACGAUGAGGACAAGGUACCUCACACUGAGGAGAAGGAACCUCAUACUGAGGACAAGGUACCUCACACUGAGGACAAGGUUCCUCAUGCUGAGGACAUGGUACCUCACACUGAGGACAAGAUUCCUCAAACUGAUGACAAG